AUGGCCUAUCACAUGAUACCAAUUGACAGUGGUCUUGGCUCGGGUUCACCUGAGCAGGGCUCCUGUGUCUGAAAUGGUAACUGUAUCUUUAAGGCGCUUGCCUACCCCUGUCUGCUUUGUGUAGAGAGUGUGGAGAGUCACGCCAUCAGAACAUGCUUUAAUUCUGAAAGGUAGAGGUGGAAAAGGGGUUAAGAAACGUUCACCUCUGGAGCAACAAUCGACAAGUUGGGCAAGGAUAUCGUUGUUUCGUGCGUGUCGGAAAUGAAGUCCACUCAAUUUUUACUAUCCACUGCACUUCUUUUCCUUCUAUCUGGACUUUCCAUGAUUACCGCCUGCAACAAGGCUCUCUGUGCCAGUGAUGUCAGCAAGUGCCUCAUUCAGGAGCUGUGUCAGUGCAGGCCCUCUGAUGGGAACUGCUCAUGCUGUAAGGAGUGUAUGCUCUGUCUGGGUACACUGUGGGAGGAGUGCUGCGACUGUGUGGGGAUGUGUAACCCCAGGAACUACAGCGAUACUCCGGCUACCUCCAAGAGCACGGUGGAGGAACUCUACCGACCCAUCCCCUCACUGUUCCGUGCCCUCACCGAGGGCGAAGCACCUAUCAACAUGAUGGUGGUAUCCUUCCCUGUGGCUGAGGAACUAUCUUACCAUGAGAACCUGGUGUCUUUCCUGGAAACUCUGGAGGACCAGCACCAAAAUGUCUCCCUGACCGGGAACAGUAUCCACACCAGCUACGAUAACACCCAAAGUACUGAAGAUAACAUGUGCACUGUGGUGUACUUUGACGACUGCGUGUCCAUCCGCCAGUGCAAGCAAUACUGUGAGUCCAUGGGGGGCUCCAAAUACCGCUGGUUCCACAAUGCCUGCUGUGAGUGUAUCGGCCCAGAGUGCCUCGACUACGGCAGCAAAACUGUCAAGUGUAUGAACUGCCUGUUCUGAUUGAAGCUAAUAGGACUGGCGACAUUAGGGGACUAUCUGGAGUAGCAGGUGAAGGUUAACUGAGGAAUAUGACUUUCAUAAUGCUUCACUAUUUUUAUGUAUUAUGAAUUAUUUUUGCUCAUUUUUAUAUUUUAUAGGUUCUUUAGCAAAUUAGAAAUAUAUCGUUUUGAAUUUUUUUCUAGUUAAGAGGAGAGGUCAAUGUUUUAAAAUGUGUAAUGCAAUGGCAUUUUAUUUUUGGUGUCAUGGAAAAUCAGAGUAAAUGCUAUUUGUAUAAUUGUUUGAUCACGUGUUAUUUUAGGAAACAACGUCCAUAUUCAAUCAAACUAAUAGCCAGCCGUUCACAUGUUUGAUUUUAUAUGUGCAGUUUAAAUGAUUUGUUUCAUACUGUAAACAUUAUUUUAAAUCGAAUAAUUGAAAAUGAGUUCGGCCAGACAUAUAGGACAUGUUUGGUACAGAUGGGUUAAGUUCAGCUGGCCAGACAGAUGGGACAUGUUUGGUACAGAUGGGUUAAGUUCAGCUGGCCAGACAGAUGGGACAUGUUUGGUACAGAUGGGUUAAGUUCAGCUGGCCAGACAGAUGGGACAUGUUUGGUACAGAUGGGUUAAGUUCAGCUGGCCAGACAGAUGGGACAUGUUUGGCUGACCAGAUAGGAUAAGCACGGUUUGUACGGUGAUGGAAUUUUGUGUUUUCCAGGCCUGGAAAAGUUAGGACAAGUUUGGCCAGAUAUGAUAAUUUCAGAAAUAAGUUUGGCCGGCUAGAUAGUUUAAUCUGGCCAAAUUUAUCCUAAUUCAGCUGGCUGGCCCGAUAGGACAAGUCAUCAAGACAGAUGGGAUAUAUGUUCAGCUGGCUGGCCCGAUAGGACAAGUCAUCAAGACAGAUGGGAUAUAUAACAAGUUCGGACAAUUGGCCAGAUGGGUUAAGGUCAGCUCGCUGGACAGAUGAGACGAGUGCAGCCAGAUAAGUUUGGUAGGCCGGUCAGACAGAUAAGUUCACAACCGGGGACCAGCAUGUGGGGGUGUUGGGGGUAUCCGAGCUUCAUCAGCCAACACUAGAUAUUGGUUAAUCAAAUCUUCCCAUUCUGGCUUAAUUUGGCAUGCCUUCUUAAACAGCCAAACUGUAUACGCAUUCACACAUCAAGUUUUCUCUUGAGUUGGGCUCAGGGAUGGAACAACUGUUGAACAUUUGAGUUGGGUGUGGGGGUAGGUCGAACUAUGGGUGGAAAGGGAGAGAGGGGCAUGCAUCCCACAUCAGUUGACCAAAAUGUAGAAUUCCUACUACCGGCCAUUAUGGGUAGCAAUCAUUAGAAGUGCUUAUUAUUAUGCAUAUUAUUUGUCAAUUGUGGGAAUAAAUUAGGAUAUGCAUGUUUUUUGAAAUAUGCAGUACAACUGAGGGGAAGGGGUUCGAAAUGAUGUUCGCUGCGGAUCUGGUUCUGUACUGUAGGUGGCACCAUGUGCUCUUUUUAAAGGAUGAGCCCAUAUCUCUUGAAAGGCCCUAGGAUCCAUGUGUAAAGGGUUGGUCAGACAUUCACUGGAAUGACAACCCUACAUGGGAUGGGGGUGGAAUAUUGAAGGACAAUUAGAGGUUUCCUUAGUCGCAGCUACGAUAUGCUUAACAGUGCAAAUAUUAUGGUA